AUGUCCCAAAACAUUGCAUCCCGUCGCAUCCCACUGCGCACGCGCAGCACCACCUCCACCACCGGCGCGCAGUCCAAAGAGAACGCAGGCGUUGCUGGCGUCGCCUCCAGAUCCACGAGAUACGGCGUCGAUGCUGCUGCGGCCGAUGCCGGACCGUCCAAGCCCGCCUCGGGCGUCACCGCGCCCACCAAGGCAUCGGCUGCAUCGGCUGCCUCCGGCGUUCUCGGAACUCGGAAGAGGGCCGCGCUCGGCGACCUGACCAACGCCAACCGAACCCGCACCAACAUGGCCGGCAACGACGACAAGGGUAAAGCCGCGCUCAAGGAUGCCAUCAAGCCCCGUGCCACCGCCUCGACAUCGGCCUCGUCACGAUCAUCCGCCGCCAUCGCCACCACCACCACCGCCACCGUCACCGGCGUCGGAGCCGCUCGCCGUGUCGUUCGCACCCGCCCCACCACUGCCACCACCACCACCACCUCGACCGUAGAUGCUGCUGCCGAUCGCCCCUUCCGCGCUUCCAGACGCGUUGCCGGCACCACCACCUCCUCCUCCACCACCACCGGCAUUCCCUCUGCGACAUCACGAUCCUCCACCGCCACCAACGCCGUCGCCGCCACCCGCAAGGGCUCGAUGGUGCGCACCACCUCCGCCAGCUCGCAGACCAGCGUGCGCCGCGAAGCCGCCGUCACCUCGACCUCGGCGGCCAUGCCCACUCGCUCCUCCAAGACGUCGCUCAACGAGGUGCGCGACACCGAAGACAAGGUCGAGGCACCUCAGGCCAAGCGUCUCAAGACGGAGCAGGGCGCUGUCAAGCCCGCCAAGGACGAAGGCUGGGAGGACCUCGACGCCGAGGAUGCCGAGGACCCGCUCAUGGUGGCCGAGUACGUCAACGACAUCUUUGAGUACAUGAAGGAGCUCGAGAUCAUCAACAUGCCCAACGGCGACUACAUGGCGCAGCAGAAGGAGAUCAACUGGGAGGUGCGCGCCAUUCUCAUCGACUGGCUCGUCGACAUCCACGCCAAGUUCCGCCUGCUGCCCGAGACGCUCUACCUGGCGGUCAACAUCAUCGACCGCUUCCUCUCGCGCCGCACCAUCUCGCUCUCCAAGCUCCAGCUCAUCGGCGUCACCGCCAUGUUCAUCGCGUCCAAGUACGAGGAGGUCAUGUGCCCGUCCAUCCAGAACUUCUACUACCUCGCCGACGGCGGAUACACCGACCUCGAGAUCCUGCGCGCCGAGCGCUACGUGCUCAAGGUGCUCGACUUUAGCAUGUCGUACGCCAACCCCAUGAACUUCCUGCGCCGCAUCAGCAAGGCGGACAACUACGACAUCCAGACGCGCACCGUCGCCAAGUACUUUAUGGAGAUCUCGCUGCUCGACUAUCGGCUCAUGGAGCACCCGCCCUCGCUCGUCGCCGCCGCCUCGGUGUGGCUUGCGCGAGAGGUGCUCGAGCGCGGCGAGUGGACGCCGACGCUGGUGCACUACUCGACGUACUCGGAGCAGGAGCUGCUGGGCACGGCGGAGAUCAUGCUCGACUACUGCCUGCGCCCCACGGCGCACCAGUUCUUCCACAAGAAGUAUGCGCACAAGAAGUUUAUGCGUGCGUCGACGUACGUGAUCGACUGGGCCAAGCGCACGUUCCCCGAGGGUGUUGUGGCGGACCACGACGAGCAGGACCUGAACGUGCUGCGCGUGGAUCUGUACGAGCUCAAGGCGAUCGAGCGUCCCGAGUUGUCGCCCAUCGCCACGCCGCGCGCCAACACGCCCGCAUCGGCGCAGGCCAUGCUCGAUGCCGAGCCGAGCCAGAACAACGAUGCGGACGACACGGUGUCGUACAGGCGCGACGACGAGUCGGAUGACGUCGAGGACGAAGAGGUGUACGACGAGGACGACGACAAGGAGGACGUCAAGAUGCAGGGCGCCCAAGAUACCCGUCACGUGCUGCGCGACGUGACCAACGCCUACGAUGCCGCCGAGACGUUCUAG